AUGGACACGCUGCCUUCGUUGCGCCCUACGCUCUUAGUAGCCCUCGCUCUCUCCUACGGAUACAACACUCCUCUGCUGGCUGACUCCGGCCUUGGCUACGCCAGUCACGGUCACUACCUGUACAAGCGCUCACGGGGCUUUACGCUCACCGCCUACCGUUUGCUGUUUUACAUCAGUCCCGCGUUGACGUACACACCAGUCCCUCGGUCAUUAACCACGGUGUAG